AUGGAGCAUGAGCCUGCAGUGACUGUUAAUCAUCAAAUAGACGUCAAAUCCGAAAUCACUACAUCUGCCGAGCUCUCAGCCCAACUUAAACAUACAGCUUCCAUCCACUCUACCCCCACCUUCAUUACCCCACCCCCUUGCACAUUGCCAUCAUCUCUCACACACCUAUUCAGGUCACUUUCCCCACUGUCCUCGCUGGGGGACUCUCCACCGGCAUUACAAGAGGAAAUCAAUGCUGAGAGUGGACCAGGUGCAUCCAUCGAAGAGCUCUCUGUGCUUGCAAAGAAGGAUCUGCUCAAGAUCAUGAUCUCCAAGCUCAAACUCAAGUGUAAGCUCGAGUCAUUGGAGUCAGUAAUCCAAAAUGGGAAACCCAAGUCACGGCAACCGCAGAAGAGGAAGUCCAAGUCACUGGCUGUUCAGGAAGAAGUCCAGAUGUGUCAAUGGCCCACAAAGAGCGAACAGGAUGGGUCAUUUCAGCAGCAGUUCGUACAGUGUGAUAACUGCGACUUGUGGUAUCACUUUGGCUGUGCUGGUUUUUCUGAAGGAGAUCCUCACUUAGAGGAGCCAGAUUCUGUCUUCAUCUGUCUGCCAUGCUGGUAUGCACGCGCAAAAACAUGUGCCUGUCCAGAUUGUUCACUCACCAAACUCAAUACAGACUCAGAGGAGUAUGUCAUCAAGUGCCUAGUCGGGCGAAAAACCAUCAGGGACACUGGGUACCUGUUUUUGGUGAAAUGGGAGGGAUAUCCGAUCACACAAGCUAGCUGGAUCCCCAACAGAAACAUAGGCGGUGUCUCACAAAUCUUUGAUCACUUUGUGGCAGAUGUGACAACUGAGGGUAUUGAUCUCAAUCUAAAAGGUGUUGUUCUGCUGGAGGAGGCGAGACAUGGCAGGUGGAAUAUUUAG